CGCGCCGCCUCGGGGCGGGUGCGGACCACCGGGGACGAGCAGCGCAGAUCGGGCCGCCGCUGUCCGGGAGGAGGAGAAGGGCGCUGGGCUGAGCUUGUCCGCGCUGCCGCCGCGCUCCGGACAAAGGAGCGGUCGGUUCGAGUUGUGCCGUAGCUGGGGCUCGGCGGUACCGUCGGCAGUGCGGUCCUUCCCGCAGGGCUGGCGCCGGAGGAGCCUGUUCCUUCAAUGCUGUCUCGGUUCGGGAGCAGGGAGAGCAGCGCUCAAGCCCGUGUUUUUGUAAACUGAGUAACUGAUGCCUCUGGCAACGCCGGGCUUCGACAGCUCCUGGCGGUGGAGGUGUCUUCAGGAGCGGGGAGACAGGGGGGUUCGUUCAUCCGCCGGCGUCUGAGCGGCUGGAGCGCUACGCGCUGUGAUGUGUGCGCUCUCGCUGGUGCAGGGCAUCGGGGUGUGUCGUUUGGGCUGAAGAGGGUCCCGACGCGAUACCUGCGGCGUGCAAACAGACCUGGAACGGCACAUCCGACGUACAGCGUGAGGUGCUUCUGUGAGAGACGCUAAUGAGGCACGGUGUGUGAUGGAUUAUGCCUUAAAGUGUUCCUUCUAGGCAGAAAAUGCGAAGAAAAGUUGGUUUUCCCUUCCUCCCUCGAAGAUUAAAAACUUAACAAAAUCACAGGAAAACAAAUGAUGCUUUGGUUUUAGCUGAGGGGUAGGAUGCCUAAUAUGAGCCCUACUGAUGUGCUUGAUAGUCUGUUUUCAGGUAUUCCAGAAGAUGACGUUAUAUUUGCAGGAAGAAGUUUGAAUAUGAAAACAAGGCUUGGGGAUGUCUCUCUGUUCAUGCUGUCUUCCUCUGUUAAUGAGCAUUUGCUUAGAAACUCAAACAUUUCUCAGCUCCUUCCUUAAAACGUUAUUUGCAAGUAGCUUUCUUAAACAUACAUGCUGGAAUCUUGAUGAAUGAAGCUGUGCCUCUUAAUCUGGAGAUUACUCCUAUGUAUGUUGACUUAACAUUGCUUUUAUUUUUAGGGUAAACUGUGAAAAGCUCAGGACAACCAAUCUUCAGCUGCCCUGAUGCUCUCAUCUGGGGUGGAAUCUCUCCUUGAUUCUUCGGGGUCUGAUGGAAUAGAGGAGGUGUACCCUGGGCUGCUCACAAGCAUCUCCACGGAAUUUAUGGCUGUGUCGGAGCCUAAGGUUGGGUUAAGUGCAAAGCCUGGUGUGUCAGUGCCUGUGCUGGCACAAGGCAGCAGUCUGUCAGUGGAGCAUUGCGCAACACCAGGAGUAGAGAGCUUCUGCCAGGGUUUGGGUGAUGUGCUCCAGGUGAUUUCUUAUGGGCCAGCAGAAUCCCUUGGUGAAGAAUUGGUGAAGUCUGGAGACCUUGAAGAGGAUGAAAAAAGCAAAAAAAGGAACUUCAGGAGACUAGACUGUUCUAGUGAGGGAUACCAGAGAGGUGGCAAACAGGCACAAGAUGCUGAGGAGUAUCAUACUGAAUGCUGCACUCCUGCUCCUGGGGGAAGCUUGGAAAAACAGGAGGACCCUCACUUAAACCAGCAUGAAUUGAAGUCUUUGGGAACCUGUUGCACCGAAGCAGUGGGAUCUCUGAAGAACACAGGCCCAAAGAAGAGAGAACUGGGAGCGUGUAAGGAGGAAGAAGUGUCAUCGCUCACAGCUAACCCCUCCAAGUACAGUGCUUCAGUCUGUGGGAGGUGUCCGUUACUCAGCAACAGGAAUAUUCAAGCAGAGAAGACCCUUCGUCCAAUGGAAAAUCUUGCGUCUCAGAGUGAGUUUGAUGGCCCAAUUCCAGGCAGCAAGCAACAUUUAGAAAGUUUAAGUAAACUGCCAAAGACCGGCUUACAAACUAAGGCUAGCUCUGUGGAAGAAACCAAAAUAUCAAUUGGCUCUAGUCGGAGCAAAGAGAUACUGUUAAAAACAGGUAAUGACCUGCCUCCAGUAGCUCCUGAGUAUGUAAGAGAGGACAAUUUUCAAGGAACUCUGAAAGAGAGUGCAAUGGAUUUGGACUCUUUAAAUGGUGAGAGAAAUGAACACUGCUCAGGAGACGUGGGCUUCGUCAGCGACCUAACUGAAGAGAAGACAAUCGAACAAAAAGAACACAAGAACAGCUGUGAAAGAGAAGAUAAAGGAAGUCUUGAACAAAGCUUUUCUGAUAGCAAAUCACAUUGUUCACAGCGUGCUUGCUUUAUCAAAUGUGCAGAAGAGAAAGCAGAGCCAGUACUUGCAGGAAACAAAAUGCAGCAGUCUUUGCCAAAGGUGAAGUCAUCAGUGGAGGAUCAGGAAAAUCCAGUUAGUGCCCAAUUUUUGCCCUUCUCAUCAAUUCCUCGGAGUCUGUCAUAUAAGCCAGAAAGUAUGAAUGUGCUUUCAGAGACAGAAAACAAGAGUCUGAGAAUAAAAUCUAUCUUAAGUAACUCUUCCCCACAGUUAACAUUUGAGCCUUGUAAAGAAACUGACACUCAAAAGGGUAUUGCUGUGUCCCAUUUCAGAAAGUUUGACAUCCAAGACUCUUAUAAUGAGACUCAGGUGGAUUCAGAAACACCAUCAGUUCUGGACCUGGGAAUCUCUCUGCCUGAGAAAGAAAAGCAGUGUCUGUUAUCUGGGAAUACACAAAUGGAUAACUGCGAUUCAUCUGCAGCUGAAGCUUUUGGCAAAGAUUCUUCAGUGGCAAAGCCUCUUUCUGUAACAAUGUCUGGCAAGAGAAAAGCCAACAAACCUGAGGUUCCGUUGUCAGAUAAUGAAGCCACAAUCAGCUUUCUGAAUGGUGCAAAAUGCUCAAGGGUUUGUGCCUACAGCAAAGAAAGUCUGAGAGCUGAGGGGCAUAGCAUGCUAAGCAUAAAAGACAUGGACGAGACCCAACCAAAAAGGACUCACUGUGGAGAGAAGUUUAGGAAUACAUGUGUGGAAGAGAAGAUGAGAAGAGAAGUAGACCCUAGAAAAACCUUGCCCACAGGUUCUUUUCUUGAUUUAGAAGAUUGUUCAUGGGCAUUUUCAGAAGAUUCAGAAAAGCCUGGUAGCAAAAUAGUCCCUCUCAGUACUGAGAAUUAUGGAAAGAUUUUGGAAGAAAUCCCAAGAUCUAACUUAAAUAGUCUUUCAAAAGAAAGAACAAGUGAUACAAAGCUCAGAAACUUAGCAGGUACCAAUCUCCUGUCAGAAACUCGGCGUGAUUGUCAAGCUGAAGCUGCAUCUGAUGCAGAAACUUCACCAGAAUUGCAGUGUAAUACAGUGACCCCGUUUUACCCACCUACGACACUAUCAAACAGUUGCAAAGAAUUACCCCCAAACUGUGUGGUUUGCAAUGAAGUAUGUGUGCCUUACAAAUUAAAUGCACAAAGCAAAGAUAAUGUAAAUUUGAUUACAGAAGGCCAGGACACUACACCAACUCAUUCUGUUUGCAAGGAAAAUGAGGUUUCAGGUUCAGAGAGAUGUGAUCAAAUAGAGAAAUGUCAGGUACCUAAACAAAAGAAGAAGUGUAAGAAGAUGGAAGAACAUCUGUCAGACAAGGCACAACAAGAACAGAAGGCAGAAUAUCAAGAGAAAGCAAAAAUCACACUGCGACCAAGUAUGUUGCACAGUUCUGGACUCCUGUGCAGCUCUUCACGUGAGUUGGUGACAUCAAGAAAUACAAAGUUUGAAAGUCCUUCAGAUGAGAUUUUUGCUGUUGGAAGCAGUGAAAAUAAACUAUGUAGCACUUUACAAGAAGUCAAAAGGCCAAAGAUUACCACAGAUGUUAUUAGUUCACAGUUUUUGAAGACUCAGGAUUCAGAAAUGCAAAACCUGAACCUUAAUUUAGGGUAUGAUGGAAUCGCUGGUGCCUUUGGAACUACAGCUAAGCAAAGAGAGCCUCUUCCAUUAAAGAGACAGCCUGGAAGGACAUGCAAAAAAGUUCUCACACCAUAUCAGCUAAAAGUAGUAAGAAAAAGCAAAAAGAAUAGAAGCUCACCUUUUUUUGAGAUUCCCCCAGAGGUAUUCCCUAAACAGGAAAACACACUUCUCGAAUCUUUGUACUUCCCAUGUAAGCCACCAGCACCGGGAGCAGAAGCAGCCAUGAGGUGUGUGCAUAUGCCAAGGCAGAGGGCCAAGAGGUGCAGUUUGUUGAACAGCUUGAGACUUAGAAAAUGUACCAAAGAACCAGCACUGUUGAGCAAGCUGUCUGCCAUGGCCAGCCAGCUCCUGGCUCCUGCCGAGAGCAGCCAUAAGGUAGAACCUCUGCCACGUUCUGCUGAACUUCUUCCAGCGGGUGAGAGGUACAGCCAACGUAGGUAUAAGAAUCUAUCGGAAGCCUUUUCUUGCAUUAACAGGAACUUACAGUCACGCUGGGCUGACAGUUGGUGCACCAAGAUGUUCAGCUUUCAGCCUUUGGCACUUUAUCCUGUAGAAUCUACCAAAAUACUUUUUUCAGACUUGAGCCACAAGCCUCCAACCUCUUUUUUGGAUACCACAGUUUUCCCAAUUUCUUUUCACAUAAAAUUGGACUCCAGUCCUGUGACAGACCUCACAGGGAUGACAUCCCAGCACUCUGUACAUCACGGACCAGUUUUGGAAGGAACGCCAGCACCGCCUUCGAAGUGGACUUUCUCUUUUUUCCUGUCUCAGAGCUGUUCAGAUACAACAGCUUUCCAAGAAGAUUCCAGUCCAAAUAAUGAACUGCAUUCCUCUCUCUCUCUAACAACCCCAGGGGCUGUUGUCCUUCGUCGUGACCGGCGAAGGAAUGCCAUAGCUGAAAGAAGAGGCGGUUGCUCCAUGGCUGGCCUUCACACAGUGUUAGCAAUUUCUUCCCCUGGAUGCUACAGGAUUUGGACAAGAAGAAGAAAUAUAACUAGUCAUAUUCCUACCAUCCAGAGACUAUUUAUAUCACAAUUCGCACAGGGUUUGAAAGGGGCAAGGUAUCCACCUUCUGUAUCAGAUGACCUCGUCUCUUCAUUGCCAUACUCAUUGGGCAGGGUACUAUCCAUAUGGAGUCAGCAUGGUCCUUCUGCCUGGCCUUCUGAAAUCACUCCUCUCCAUUCCAAUGAUUGCAAGUGGCAGCCAAGUGUGGGCAUCGCAAACAGCUAUGCCAUCACACCGCACUUACCUAUACAGAAUAUGGAAGCACUACAGACUGAAGGUCAUGAGAUUUGUCUGGAAACUUCAUUCCCUCUUCCAUUACCUAAGCCUUGCUCACAUCUGGAAUCAUCGCCAUCUCCCCCCAGGCUUCCAGCAUCUGAACUCCAGGUCCAUGCUCUUGAUAGAGGUGAUGCUUCUGUUCCAGCCUGUCUUAGAUCCCAGGAUGACAAAGAACUGGAAAAAACUGAGCCAGAAAAGAGGCCAAAGAAAGUCUCACAAAUCCCAAUCAGGAAAACUGUUCCUAAGCCAGACCCUAACCUUACUCCAAUGGGAUUACCCAAACCAAAAAGGCUUAAGAAGAAAGAAUUUAGCUUAGAAGAAAUUUACACAAACAAGAACUACAAGUCCCCUCCUCCAGCCAGGAGCUUGGAAACAAUCUUUGAAGAGCCCAAGGAGAAAAAUGGAUGCUUGAUCUCUGUCAGCCAGCAGAAGAGGAAGCGGAUUCUGGAGUUUCAGGACUUUACUCUUCCUCGGAAAAGGAAGAGACGAGGCAAAAUCAAAGCAGUGGGUAGUUUCACCCGGGCAAAAAAAGCUGCACUCCCGAGUGCAGAGUUAGAUGCUCUUCUGAGUCAGAAGCUAAUGGACCUUGAUGCCUUCUUUGCAAACGAGGCUGAACAGGAGCAGGCCUCUGAGGGAGCCAUUUAGCUGAAAAUGGUCCAGUCAGCUCCUUUAGUAUUUUAGUCUUUUCGGGAGAAACCUACUGACUUCUUCAUACAUUACUCUGCCACUCUGCUCUAAUAUGUGAUGAGCUGGUUUUGGCUGUGGCCCUCAUUAAGGUGCUAUUUUGUUGGUUUUUUUUUUAAGUUAUUAUUUUUUUUUAUGCUAUUGAAGGGAUUCUUUUAGGUCCCUGUCUGAGUGUAACACAGCCGCAUCCAAUUUACCAUUCCUUUCCCAGCCCCUGGAAAUUACUGCUAAUGUUUAAUUACAUUUAAAUACUUUAUGGGGGGUAGAGUAGGAGUGUAAAGGAGGAAGUAGUGCACCUUCAGUGAUGCUAGAACUCUGAACUUCAGAUCAUUUGCACAUUUGAGUCUGCUGUUGUUACUGUAAUGGCUAUUUUGAACAACCUGACAGAAGAGAUAUGGUAUUUGAUAAAGAUAAAUUCUAGCAAACACAUUCUUGAUAUGCCACUAACUUUUUAAUAAUUAAAAGUAGCUGUCUGGGUUUGCUUUCAAUUGUUUGUUCCUUCCGUUUACUUAGAAGGUUCCUUCUGAGUUUCUCUGCCCUUCCUGGCUUCAGGCAGCAGAAGCCCCACAUAACUAGAUUUUAAAUAACUUGCACUUUGUAUAUGUUUCUUUAUUUGCUGUAUGAGGACAUAUUUUAAUAUGUCUGAGCUCAAAAAAUAGGUAAUACUGUAAGAAAAAAAUGUGCCCAGUACUAAUUUUUCCCUAAUAGUAGAGUUGUUACCUACCUGGUUGAUGGCAGCCUCUCCUCCAGAGGAAAAGGUAAUUAGCCCAUGAGGAUGUUAAGCUGCAGGAUACAUAAGUAAAGAUUUUUAUUAACUGAGCUGAGCUGCUGCAUGCAGGGAACACCAGCAAAAUCUGAGGCUCAUUUUUAAGUGAUUUUAAUUCUAUUAAAAAUACCAACUUGAUUUUAAUGCCAACAAGAAAAUAAAUCUUUUUUCUAUCUUGAGAGGGUUUUCUAUCAUUUUAGAUUUACAAUUCAUUAAUUCAUGUAGCUCAUAAUUAAAUAUGUAUAACAGCACUGUUGUACAUAACAGCUAGUGUUGUACAAAGAGCCUCCUGGCAUGUGGAAUUUUCUGUUUCAUUAUGUAAGGCCAUUUCUAAUUAUCUGAUGCAGCACUGGGCAAUUUCCCAGCUAUACCAUGUGAGGGAAGGGAGCUCCGCUCUUGGGAUAACUUCACACUUACUUGAAGCAUAAUUCAAAAUGAAUGCUAGCUGCAGUUCAGGUAAUUUCUGUCCUUUAGUGCCUAUAGAAGUUAUUCAGGCAAAGCAGUCAUUGCUGGAAUGCUCAAAUUACUCUGUUCUUUCUCUCACUUGUCACUUGAAACUUGCACUUUCUUAUUUCCCUACCCAUAGAACAGAGUUUCUAUUUACCUUCAAACUAAGCAAGUGUCUAGUGGGUGGGUAUUUUUAGUGAAGUCAAAUAAAUGCAGGACUGAGAAUACCAUCAUUAUCUUCUGUUGCUUUGCCACUUCUGUUACUGACUGAACAGAAAACUAAAAAUUAACACGUGAUGUGUUAAAUUCCAGAGCUUUGGAAGUGGAGAAAUAGAAGAGGAGUAUUACAGUCUGUGUGCUGAAUCUCGAAGGAAAUGUAACUUGGGGUUGUUUCCUCCCAGCUUAAGUGCUGGGAUUCCUGGAAGUUUACAUUCUUGUUCUGAAGGCCAGUUGUCUUUAAUCAGGAAGACUGUAGAGAAGAGAGGAGUGCACACUUCAAGGAGUGGUGUUUGAGUUUUGAGGGUAAAAUAACGCAGGCAAACUUUGAACAUAGUGGCAUACAAUUGCAGCAGCAGGGUCUGGUUAACCUGUUGGGGCUGCUGUACAACACUUUGAUCCUCUUUAUUUUUGUACAAAGAAAUCCCUAAAAAUCGAAAGGUCAACUGCCUUUUAAAAAAGUGUUUGAAACUUUCCCUAUAUUGGUUUAUUAGCCUAAUUACUGACUGGUCGAAAGCUGUUGCAAGAGUGAGAUAUAUAUUUUUAUGGUUGUAUGCUACAGAAUGGGAUUGUUACACAGCAUUCAUUCAUCUCCCAUUUAUGUGGGAGGCUUCUAGUGCUGUGACACAAUUGAGCUGAAUCUUACUGGGGCUUUAAAGGAAAACGGGUAUGGGUGGGGUGGGAGGAAAUUUGGGUCCAGGCAAAGUUCAGACCUCUAAUGUGCUUCAGAUCAUGGAAUGUGUUUUUUCCUUUGGGUUGUGGGGUUUCUUGUUUUGAGGGGGGUUUUUUGGUCUGCUUCCCUGCUCUGUCUUGUUUUUGAUUGCUUUGAAAUAUCAUUUCUUAGCGUUCUUAGUAGAGCAAUGGAAGCAUUAGAUUCUCUUUUGUUUACAAUAAUUGGAGUUACAAAAUGAUGUUGCAGUUGCCUAGCAUGUCGCAGACCUUAGUUUGUGGCAACCUAAAUACACAGCAUUAUUCUCUUUGGUUUAGUAUUUGUAUGAUGAUGUAAGCUUACUUAGACAAAGCAUCUCUUCUGCCCCUCCAGCAUACAGAUGUCAGCCAUGCUUGUGCACUUUUUCUUUCUUCCUUUCCCACCUCUGUUCCUGUUUACAGCAUUUGUGGAACAGUCUUGUUCCUUGUGGCUGCUGCUUGUACACUGGGAGUGAUGGCUGUGCAAAAGCCAGGUAUUUGCCACUCUGAGCUGCUUCUGUCCCGGGCAAUUGAAAGAAACAAGUAUAGAGGAUGCAUCUUCUGGGGUCCUGCAUACAUCUAAAGGACAUGUACAUUUGCCUUUUCAUAAAGGGAACCUACUCCAGUGAGGAUUUCUUUUUUUUUGUUUGUAUUAUCAUGGAAAGACACUGUAGGUGUUGCUCACAGACUGAUGACUAAAGCAGCUUGAGAAUUGCAAAGCUUUUGCCACGUCCUGUCUCUUAGUAGGAGGUUUUGCAGAGCCAGGCAGCUCUUUGCUAAAUGUGCCGGUUAUGGGAGGUAAUAAGAUCACUUUUCACAAAAAAUAAAUCAUCUUAUUUUCAUCAUGCUACAACUGGAGCAGCUGAGGCUACCUAGCGGAUGUUGCAUCAUUUGCCUGGCUACCCUUGUGGCUGCAUACAUUUGCGCUCUGAUGCUUGCUGAAUAUGAUUUUCUGCAAGCAGUUCUCAUUUAUCGUAUUUGAUUUGAGGUGGGCCUUUGGUAUAUUAUGUUCCAGGUGCUCUUCUAGAAUAUGGAUGGUAACUGUGGAUUAAAAGUCUGUAUGAUGCUAUCAAGUUAAAUAGCUCAAUGAGAAUUUGUACACUUGUGCCAUUAGCCUCCAUCGUGCUCUUGGCAUUUUGUUUCUGUUCAAUAUUGUGUGAAUCUAAAAUUUUACUGUUUCUUUUGUGUGUGUUUUUAAUUUAUGGAAUAAAUUUUUGAGAACCUUU